CAGGUUUUCUAUAUAAAGUGAGCAAAAAUGGGGACGAAUUAGGCUCCCAAAACUCGUUUCAAUUUCAAACACAUGAAAAUUUUCAGAAAAUUAAAGCGACGGGAGCGGCAAGUUUCAGAAAACUGAUGGGGAAUUCAGGACCGAAUCGGAUUCAGAAAAUGGAAACCGGUGUUUCUGUUUGCAAAUGUGACGCGUCCUCCAUCGCGUGCAAGUCCAUCGUCUAUAAAUAUCAGUACAUCCUCGCGUCCACACCACCUUUCUAUCCCGACGCCGCCCUCAAUCGACAUCAUCCCCAUCCUAGCUAGUACAACCCUAGCAGCAGAUCGCGCAGCCGCCGGCAGGGAUGGAAGGCCUCGACGUCGAUGGCAUCUUCCAGCACUACCGCCUGAAUCCUACGGAAAUGGAGGCCGUCACGUACUACUUGCCACGCCUCCUCUCCGGCGAGACCCUGCAUGGCGCCGAGAAGCUCAUCCACCACAUCUACAUCUACGACCACGAGCCCAAGGAUCUCGCCGCCCAGUUCGCGCCCGUGCCGCAGGCCGAGAGCAGCGGCGACCGCUUCUUCUUCACGACGUGCAAGAGCAAGAACGGAAGCAAGCUCCAGAGCGUGCGCAGCGCCGGCGGCGGCACCUGGACCAUCCAGAAGACCACGGAGAUUAGCCACGCCGGACUCAAGAUCGGCGAGCUAAAGAACCUGUCGUUCAAGAAGAAAGGCAAGUCGACCGGCUGGGUCAUGGAGGAGUACCGAUGCCUGCUGCCGCAGGCCACUGUCGCCGAGGGGGUGAAGGUGUUCUGCAAGAUGCACUUGGCUCAGCAUGCUCCUGACGCGGCUCGCCAAGAAUCGGCGGCAUACAAGCAUCAAGAACCGCAGCCAGGGGCCGUGACUGCGAGCACGCACGCACAGAAGAGGCCAGCGCCGGCUGCCGCCGCCGAUCCUCAUCCCCCGCGCCCCAACAAGAGGGUGCGAGUUGCCUUCCCCGUCCCGGCACCUGCCACACCGUCGUUCUUGAUGUAUGAUGAGGCAGCCAGAGCAAUGCAUUGCCCGCUGGCUCGUACCAACUUCCCUGUUCAGGAUGCACAAGUACCUGCUGUGGCUGUACCAGCGGCAAUCGAAGUAUCAUGCGAGUCCACUACAACAUCCGACCACUCCGACGUUGCUUCUUCCUCGCAGAAUAAGCAUUACAGCCAACAACAGACUGUUCCUGAGGCUGGCUCAAGCAUUGCAAGAAGCACAUCUGAAGAGGAUGUCUUUGAGACAUUGGAGCCUAUUUCCAGUUUGCUGGAUGGAGAGGAAGAUGACUUUGAUCUUGAAGAACUAAUGAGAAUGAUGGAAGCUGACCCAAUUGAAGUUGAGCCUGUCACCGGAGCCAACACUGGCGUGGAGAUGGACCAACAGGAACCUCUCUACCUGGAUUGCUUGGACCAAGGCAUGCUGGAGGACAUUCUGCAGUCCGAUUACCCUCACCCAAUGCAGAUACCAGAGGGUCGGUCCAUGGACAACCCUGCCUUCCAUGAUGCUGACAAGGAGAAGAGGUACAAUGCCGCGUCAGAUCUUGACGCUCCAUCGCUUCAGGGACAAGACCACUUGUUCAAAUCGCCGCCAAGCUUCUUCGAUCCAUUUGAAGCAGCGUGGAAGGCCGAAGAGGCGCUCGAGAACUAGAAGAGAUACAAUGCCACGGUCAAUCUUCACACUCGAGGGCACAACAACUUCUUCUUGUCUGCAAGUGUCCAUUAAAUCCGACGUUGAAAUUGUAUGCAAAGUGUAUACGAGGAUAUUCACUGGCUGAUAUAUUAGUUCGUCUUGUACGAUCGCCACGGAUGUACCUCUGAGCAAUUUGCUCCACUUGUUCAUGCAAGCUACUAAAACUGUUGUUCUUCUUUCUCCUGUGAUGGAUUUUCCGACCCUUGCAUUCGCUCUUGCACUGUACUUCUUCUGCUCUGUUUCCUGUGAUGGACCAUGUUAAAACUGCUCUUAUCUUUUUGUAUAUUAGUCUCAGAUAAGCAAG